UAUAAUUCUUUUAAUAACAUAAAGGAAACUGUUAACCGAUUUAACAGAUUUUAGAUUUUGCGAAAAUAUGGGUUAAAUUUUCCGCUUUUAUUGUGACAGAAACUUCCCCGUAAGUUGAGACAGAAGAAUGAUUUUGAUAUUAUAUCUAUACGUUGGAUGUUUGUAUACAUUUAUUAAUGGUGUGAGAAGUGAGGCCGCUUGCUACAACCAUGAUUUCACCGAGGUAAAAUUUUGCGAUUUCGGAUGUUGUGGUAACGACUUAGAACUUGAAUGCUGUCUACAUGGAAGACUUAUACCAUAUAUAGUCGCCGGUGUUAUGUUCCUAGUAGUAUUAGCAAUAGCUGUAUUCGUUAUAUGCUACCGGAAACGGAAGGACCUCAAGCGGAUGCUCAAUUCCACAAGCAGACGAGAUAUAAUUCAUGAUCGUGUAUUAGGCUUAAAUAACACCACAAGAAUCAUCGGUUAUUCAUCGCAUUCCACACCCUCCUCGUGCACAAUGGCUCCUCCUCCGUACAUAGGACCGCCGCCACCUUACACUGCCGUCCAAGUUUCUCACGAAAACAUUGAACUGACGUCAUUAAAUAUGCAACAAAUUGCCAAUCAAAAACGAACGCAAAACGAAUACAGUCACACACUAGAUCCCCAAACUUCACAACAACAGCACGGCGAACUGCCUCCACCAUACAGUAUUAAUGCCGAUGUUGCUCAUCGGGCUUAAAAUGAGAUAAAGAAGAAAUAGGAUGGAAACGUUAGAUGACAAAGAUAUAAGUACUAGUCAGGGGCACUGGAUUAUUUAUAUCGUUGUAAAUGAAGGAUGUGAGACAGAUGAAACGUUUAUUUAUCAAGAAAAGAAAGAAAAAUGUUCAGUAAUACUUACAUGAACCAGUCCCAAAGUGUGACUAGCUACCUACUCUAACAAAGAACAGUAGGGGGUGGGGGAGACUAUCUAGUUACCGGUGACGUAAUUGUGUGACAAAUUAUAUGUUAGUUUUUAUAUUUUACCAAUUUUUGUAUACAUGCACACGGAAUAAAAGCAUAGUUUACACAUGUAUCGUU